AUGUCUCAACAUAGGGGCAUAUUACUGACUACUCCAGAAGGAACAGGGACAGCUGUUCAAUUUGAUUCAGAACAAAUUGAGAAUGAUAGAGGUCGUAGUAAAAAGAGAUUUAAGGACAAAACCAAUACAUCUAGAAGUGCAACCGGUGGAAGUAGUAUUUCAAGAUCAAGAAGUAGAGCUUCUAGUAGAGUUAGGGACGAAGAAUUUUUAAAAUGGACUGUUCUUAGAAAAGAUCCCUCCAUGAGAUUAAUUCUGAUUAAUGGCAGUGAUGAUAAGAAGAAUGGUUCUAAAGAUCGCGGUAGAUCUAAAAAUAGAGAAAAUGGAGAUGAUAAUGAUCCACUUUCUGCCAAUAAUAAUGAUGAUGAUGACAAUAACGAUAAGGAAGAUGAAUUAGAUGCUGAUAAUGAGAGUAAUUUAAAUUUACAACAGAUUAAAGAUGCUUUAUCAUUGGAAAAUGAGAUUUCUGACGAAGAACAAGUAAGCGAUAUUGAAAAUGAAGCCGAGUUGGAUGAAGAAUUCCAAUUUGAACAAGGUAACAAGAUUUUACCAAACUUCUGUACAUAUAUCAAUUUGACUUUGGAAGGUGGUAAGAAAUGGAUUCGUAAUUAUGAAUCUCAAGUGAAAGGUAAAGAGAAUGAAGGUAUUAAUCUAAUAAAGUUAGACAAUGGGUAUGCUCGUGCGAUCGAAGGCUAUUCAAAAGGUAAAGGCUGCUCAGCAGACGGGAAGUCUUAUUUAUUAUAUUCUGAUUUAAGCAGUGAAUCUACAUAUGCGUUAGCUUACUUGAUUGGAUCAAUUAUUAAAAAUGGUGAUAUGAUAUACUUAGUUCAUUGGGAAGGUAAUAACAAGAAGAUCCCUGAAAAACAACUAAGUGAUAACGUCUUUAGAAUGAGAAGGCAUGUAUUACAUCUCUUAGAUGCUGCGAGCACUAUAAUUGAUGAUGCUGAAAUAAUGAUGGUCUCAUUGACACAUCCAUAUCCAAAACAUUUCUUGAAUGAAUUAAUACACGGUUUGGAUAUUAGUAUGCUAUGUUGUUCGUUGACGAUGAUUCUUUCAGGGUUGCAAAACUUUGUAUCUUCCAUACCAAUGUUGAUUGUAAGAAAGAAACUGAAAAAAAGAAUAGUCCAAUAG